GUGGCUAAUCCUUCAUGUUUGCUGUCAAUAUGUACAGUCAUGCAUUUGAACCGAUUUGAACAGUCAAGGCAGAAGAUCUACGGUGACGGACAUGGAUACAACAGCUCUGGUCUAUAAGAUCCUCUGUGCCCAUAAUGGGUAUUUUGAGCUGGUAGAAAUGCGUGCCAACUUUAGCACGCCAGAAGAUGACCUGGAGAGUGUUUUAGGGAAUCAGGAUAUGUUUACCAGUGCUGUCUUUGAGGGAAACAAACGGAUAUUUGCCAAGACGAAAAUGAGAUUAUGCAGAGACAAGGAAUGUAAUGGCUGCAGCAAUUUACAUCUGUGUAUAUUCUACCUUUAUGGAACGUGUCGAUUCGAUGAGGGACAACGGUGCCGCUUCUGUCAUGAGCUGACGUCAGAAUACAACAUCAGAGUCCUGAGAGAGCAUCACCUGGAGAAAUUGGACAGGAGGGAGCUGUGUAUGUUACUACUGCAGAAUGACAACACCCUCUUACCCCCAGUUUGCUUCACAUACAACAAAGGUAGUGGAGAGUACGGAUACUGUCCUGACAAGGAGAAAUGCAGAAGACUCCACGUCUGUGAGCGCUACAUUACAGGAACCUGUGCUGCAGAGGUGGACUGUGACAGGUCUCACGACUUCUAUGAGCCCCACCCGCUCAACACCCUACAGCAGAGGGGAGUACCUAAUGAACUGGUGGCAUCCAUGUUGUACACCUACCGCAACAUCCAGGCCAUUCAGUAUGAGGAAGGCUCUAGACCUGUGUGUCAUCCUCCUCCACCACCACCACCACCCCCACAAACAUAUCUCCCGGCCCCCAAUGUUGUCCAAAGAGAGACCCACUACAUCCACUUGCAGCCAAUCAUAGUACACUCACAAGUGACCCCUUCAAUGCUCUGCAAUUUCAAGUUAAAAUCACGUCCCUUUGUCCACACCAAACCCAAGAGCCAUACUAAGCCAUCAUCAGCUUCACACCAAUCAAAACCCUCUAAACCACCUACACCAGCUCCACACCAAUCAGAGUCCGCUAAACCGCCUCCACCAGCUUCACACCAAUCAAAACCCUAUAAACCACCUACACCAGCUCCACACCAAUCAAAAUCCUCUCACACGGCUCCACACCAAUCAAAAUCCACGAAACCACCUUCACCAGCUCCACACCAAUCAAAAUCCUCUAAAGUGCCUCCACCAACUCCACAGCAAUCAAAAUCCUCUAAAGGCCCUCCACCAACUCCACAACAAUCAAAAUCCUCUAAACCGCCUCCACCAACUCCACAGCAAUCAAAAUCCUCUAAAGGCCCUCCACCAACUCCACAACAAUCAAAACCCUCUAAACCGCCUCCACCAACUCCACAGCAAUCAAAAUCCUCUAAACCGCCUCCACCAACUCCACAGCAAUCAAAAUCCUCUAAACCGCAUCCACCAGCUCCACACAAAUCAAAAUCCUCUCAACCAGCUCCACAUCAACCAAAAACAACCAAAGCUCCUCCAUCAGCCAGGCGAAGAUGAAUUUUUGCAGAAACCAGAAAUCACACAGUACCAGUCAAAAGUUUGGGGACACCUACUCAUUUCAGGGUUUUUAUUUAUUUUUGACUAUUUCCUACAUUGUAGAAUAAUAGUGAAGACAUCAACUAUGAAAUAACACAUAUGGAAUCAUGUACUAACCAAAAAAGUGUUAAGCAAAUCAAAAUCUCUUUAUCGGGGUUGACAAAAAAGUUGUCAACCCCGAUAAAAUGUAAUAAUAAUCCACAUUUCCUGUCGCUUCAGGAUUGUUUUCCUGCUGUGAAGAAACUGGUCAAAUUAAAAUCCUACAUCAGUAUCAUACUGACAAGAUAUACAGUACGUACAUGGGUCAGGAUUUGAACCCUUGGGGGUAGGAGAAAACUGAGACUGUUUGACAGGAGCAUUAUCUCUCUGCGCCACCCCAAAGCUUUGCUUGUUAGAAUUUCAUGAUAUCUUGAUAGUUACAUGUGUUUCCUAGACUACAUCAGAAGAGAGUAGCCUUGGCUGGAUUUGAAUUCAUAACAUUUGCGCUUCUAAUAUGUCUUUUAUCAACUUUCUAAUAUAGAAAUGAAGAAAGUGUUUAUUGUGCAAAAUCCUUAUGUUUUGUGACUGACAUGCUGGAUAUCUCAAGGCUAUAGCCUGACAGAAUUUCAAAAGAAACAAAGAGAAAAGUAUUAUUUCUCUACAAUGCAGUGACCGUUCUUCUCUGCCACCAUAGCACUUGAAAUUGGAAAUUUAGAAGUUUAGAAGCAUUUUAUUAACUCAUACUCUAUACGUUUGGGUGGUUAGAGCGUUGGACUAGAAACCAGAUGGUUGCAAUUUCAAAUCCCCGAGCUGACAAGGUACAAAUCUGUCGUUCUGCCCCUGAACAUGCAGUUAACCCACUGUUCCUAGGCCUUCACUGAAAAUAAGAAUUUGUUCUUAACUGACUUGCCUAGUUAAAUAAAGCUUUUUAAAAAGUU